AUGCAGGGUCCCUCGCAGGACAAUAUGUUCAGGCCACCGGCUCCCAACUUCUUCCCACAGCAAUCUCGCGAUGAGCACCAACAGCAGCAUUCGCAGCCAUUUGGUCAAGGCGCGCCUCAUACCGGCUUCCCAGCCCCGGCCAUGCCUCACCAGCAGACGCAGUUCCAUCCUCAGAUGCAGUCACACAUGCAGUCGCCCACGACACCGCAGCAGAACUUUUCGCAGCAGUUCACUUUCCAAUCGCCUCCGUUCAGCUCGUCAGGCGCUUCUUCUCAGCCGAAUCAACCCACCUUUCCUUCAUCUUCACAGCCAUUCAUGCAGCAUCAGCAGGCACCAGCUAUGCAGCCUCCUCGUUCGCUCCCUCCGUCCGCAACGAACGCUGCUGCUGGUCCCUCUUCCCAUCAGUUCCCGGCAAGCUCGGCUUCUAUGCAGCAAGCCCUACUUCCACCGAGCUCCAAGGACCAGACCGUCGACGCAAAACGCGCCUAUCUCACAACCUUCGAGGAUCCUAUCGCCGAAGCCUACAUCGCUGGUCAGACGCUGGACGAGCCAUUCUAUUCAGUAGCUGCGCCGGGCACGGUUUGGCCGACGGAUGGAUCAAUGCCUCUCGACCUCAACUUGAUGAUCCCGCCGCCUUCGUUGGAUCCCAAUGACCCCUCGUCGGGCUUCGCAACUGAUCAGAAUGGACAGUUCGACUCUCUCUUCUCCGCCAACAAUGGCCAUAACGGCGGCUCUGACCCUUUCGACUCGGCUGCUGCCAUCCUGGACGAUGCAGGCUUCGCACGUAUCACCGAGAUCAAGUCGGAACCUGACUUCGACGGCACGGGAGCGAAGGGUACAGACGGAGAUCAGGAUGCUGCAGAACCCUCGUACGCUCACGAUGGCAACAGGUCCGGAAGCAUAUCGGCCGGCUCGACCUCUGGAGCCGCUUCGAAGGACGGCAUCCCACCUCGCCGCCGAACACGCCGAAGGCAGAACAUCAGUUGCGACCAGUGUCGUGCCUCGAAGCGAGGCUGCGACUUCCAGCUGCGUCUCGACGCCGAUGGCAACGACGUAUCACAGGGCAACGACGACGAGCAGAUGUCGACGGGAAACACUGGAGACAAGCGAAAGAUGUCGGACGCGGGACAAGAAAGCAUCUCGGGUUCUGGCAGCAACAAAUUGGUAUGCUCCAACUGUCAACGGCGAGGCAUCGAGUGCACCACCAACUUUGCCGACUCUGUGCGGGAGAGCAAGCAGUCCGCUCAAAGCAAGGACGAGCCGAUACCCCAGGGCAGCAAGAAGCGCGCGAUCGCCGACGACACGUCCGAAAACGGCAUGCGAUCCAAAUCGAUCUCGAGCGAUGGCAGCUCGCCCGGUCCACACAACCAAGAAGCGCGAGAACAGCUGCUCAAAACAUUCCAGAAUCGCGACGAGUCGCAGAUGCUGUCGACCACGGGGCAGAAUGUCCGUUUCGCCCAGCGCGCCGACUCGUUGCUCCUCACUACCAACCGCAUGCGUCUCUACGUCCACACCGUCGAGCCGAACGCCAACCUGUGGCUGUCGAGAGCCUGCUCGCCGCUGCGCACGGACGGCGAUCUCGGUGCAUACAUCAAGAGCGCCAUCGGACUCGACGCAUUGGAUCUAUCUCAAAAACUCUGGGCCAGCUGGCACGUCGACGCUCCCUCAGCACGCAAAGAACACCAGCCGAACCUCUUCUACCUCGUCUACGGGCUCGAUCACCUCGGUGGAGAGAUGGGCGUGUGGGGCGAAAAGCCGCAGCAGUUCACACAAGCGAGCGCGUCGCAGCCUCGUGGCGCUGGAACGGCACAGGAGGCAUCGGCGCAGUUCAGCGACAUCAUCUCCGACAUCAUGGGCAUGGGUCCUGGCGGCUGGAGGCGAUCCAAGAGGGAUCUGAUGAUCGAUGAAGCGGUCAAGGCUGCCAUGUUGGCAUACGCCUGCCAGUUCAGACUGGAUGACGAGAUGACAUCUACCAGUGCGGAUGCAGCCUCGCGCAAGGCGGUGGACGGCAAGAACUACCGUGAUGCGCACGAUCGGAUCGCGACGGCAGCGUGGAAGCGCGCGAGAUCGCUCAUUUUGCAAUUGGCGCCACGUCGGUCUUGCCGUAUCGCAUACGGGCUGUUCUUGUUCGGCGUCACGGCUCCCCCACCCGGCGCUUUGACCGAGGGAGGCGCUCGAUCGGGUGCAGAUGCCGCCGAAGAUGCUGCUUUUGCACUGGAAACCGCCUCGCGACAUCUCGAGUGGUUCGUCAAACGAUGCCGCGACCUGGUACGCACGGUGGACAAGGCCUCGACCAACCCGCUGCUCAGCGCCAACCCGCAAGUCAAACAGCAGCGACGCAUCGCCACGGAUCUCAUGGGACUCGCCGAAUCGCUCGGCUGGUUCGGUCUGUUGAUCGACACGGUGACGCACGUCUCGCAAGGCCGACGAUCGAGCAUGCGCGAAGACAACCUGGUCUAUCAGUCGUCCGGCAUCGGGUCGGGUACCGAUCCUGGCGUCAAGCACGGUCCCGUCCCCUCACCUGGUAGCGAUGGUAGUGCCCCCGACCGCACAGCAGAAGCGCUCUUUGCCAUGCAGGACACGCUCAACCUCCUCCCCUCUCGUCAGGCCCCCCCUGGCGCGUUCCCCGGUACAUCCGAGUCGUACAUGCACGAAGAUCCGGAGGACGAUGGGACGUUCCCCGUCGACACGGAGAUGUCGCGGCGCAUCAUGGAGCGUGCUGCGUGUGCACGGGAUCUCAUCCCCGCCCUUCUCCGAAAUCCUGGCGCUCUAGCCAAUGCGAUUCCGUUCGACGUGCUGAUCGGCGCUAACGACCCCGAUGCGCCCACCGGCCCCGCAGGCGGCUCGAUCAUCAACAUCAACAACCCGGGUGGCGGGCUCAACGAGCAAGUGGUCCUCCUCGGCGUCGCUUGGGGCACUGCAGUGGAAGUGUACAUCUGGCGUCGCGUCGGAGUGCUUCAUACCGCCUCCGAAGCGUUGCUCUCCACCACCGACCCGGUCCAAGCGCUCAUCGCCGCCGGCGGCGCCGCAAUGGUGAGCGAGAAAAUCGAAAAGAUGGUCAUGAACGUCAUCGAGGCCAUCCGGCUGUUUCAUAACAUCUUUGAUCAUCUCAUCGCCAGAGCGCUGGACGAGUUUGUUCAUCUGUCCAGACAGGGGAGGACGAUGUUGAGCUUUUUUGUGAUCCAUAUCCAUUUGGGGGUGUUGCACUUUGUGCAGUUGGCCAAGAGGAUUGAGGCGAAGGAGUUGGAGUUGAUUCAAGCGUUCAACGCUGGAGGGGGAAGUGGGAAGAGUUCUCCGUCGAGUGGCGUUUCGCCGAUGACGACGAGUUCUCCCAGUGGUACGUCUCCGAAAGGCGCAACCGGAGGUGGUUCACCUCCGAAGCCAACCCGUCCACAGCUUCGCUCCAACAUGCUACUGUCCGCAAUGGAACGUCGAAUGAUCGGCAAAUCCGCCGCAUUGGGUAUGGCCCGCAUGGCGUCGCUGAUCAACGCCGAAUCGUCCAAACUCGAAUCCGCCGCUCGCGUCGGUCGUCUCACCCCCACACCUAGCGAUGGAAAACGUCGCAAAGGCUCCUUCUACGCCUCACCCGUCGAAGACUUCACCCCAAUCGAAGACAGCGCCAAUGCCCCCUGGCGCCAUCCUUACCCAGCCAUGGUAGCCGACGUGCUCAAGUUGAGCUCCCAACAACUGCACGACGAGAUCUGGGAUCAACUGAUUGCGGUUCCGCGCGAUGAGGUGGAGCUGAAGGUGCUGAUGGACAACUUCAAUGUGUUGUUGGAAGGGUUUGGACGGAUGUUGCAUGCCGUACCUGGGUUGGGGAGUUAUAAGAAGACACUGGGCGAUUUGGAGAAUGCUAGGGACACAGCGGCGUUUGUUGCUAGUCAGAACGGGUAG